CCACAUUAAAUUGAAUUACCUACCGAUCUAACUCUACCUACACCUACCUAUCCUGCCUAUCUACCCACCUACCCACCUACCUACCUAUACUAAACUACUCUACCUCACAUAGAGUUAGUUCUAUUCUACACAUUCCCAUCUCAUCUUAGACUUCACUACCACUACAGCCGUCACCACGAUGGAGUCCUUUGCAAAACUCAAGCGUCGCGGCACAGACCUAAUCGGUUCUAUUCCCCAAAACUUACCCUCGAUGCCUCACUUACCUCAUCUACAACGCCCGGGAGGCGGAGGUGGAGAUAAAAGUAAAGGUGCCCACACGAUGAAGGGCACCUGGCAGCACAUCUCCAUCCCGCCUCUUCCGCGAUCGUCACAUUCAAUUGACGUAGUGGCCGGCAAUGCAUACAUCUUCGGCGGCGAGGCCGAGUCCUCCCGCAAGCCCGUCGACAAUGACAUGCACAUCAUAGUGCUUCCUUCGGGAAGUGCCUCUGCCGACUACUACAGCGUCAAAGCCAAACCCUCCCCCCAGCAACACGUCCCCGAACCCGCCCCCAUCACGGAGGAGGACGAGAUCGCCGCUGAGCUCAAGGACCCCCUAACCGAUGUCCCUCUGAGCUCUCCCACCCCACUUACAGCUGGGGAACCCUCAUCCGCUACAUCCGCUACAUCUGAUAGAGGCAAGACCAACAACUUAGGUGAUGUCCCCAGCGCCCGCGUCGGCCACGCCAGCGCCGUCAUCGGCUCCCGUAUCUUCCUAUUCGGUGGCCGCAGCGCGGAGUCCGCCUCGGAACCCCUCGACGAACACGGUCGGGUCUGGGUCUUCGAGACAAAGACCCAUACGUGGGCGUAUCUAGACCCCUACCACAACAGCCCCGUCCCACCCCCGCGGAGCUUCUUCGCCGCAGUAGCGACCGACAAGCCGCGAGACUUCGCCAUCAAGCCCCUCCGCCGGACCGAGAGCUGGAAGGAGUGGGCCGAGGGCGACUCGGCUGAUGUGGGGAUCCCGCAGCGCCCGAUUGCGGGUAAUGUUGCAGCGCACGCGGUAGACGAAGAGGACGCGGGUUUCGGCACGUUUAUCAUCCACGGCGGCUGCACGGCAGAUGGUGGCAGGACGGGAGACGUAUGGGCUUUCGACGUGCGCAGCCGCACGUGGAAAGAACUCCCAUCCGCACCGGGCCCCGCGCGGGGUGGCGCCGCUCUCGCCCUCGCUAAGAGCCGUCUCUACCGCUUCGGUGGAUAUGACGGCGAGAAGGAACUCGGCGGACAGCUGGAUGUUCUCGACCUAGCGCUCGACGAAUUCGACGACCGCGUCAGCAGAGGUGAAAUCGGCGUUUUCGCGCGCGGCGAGUGGCAGACUCUUGCCCCGCCCGUCACCAACGCACCCCCUCCAAGUGAUACCGAAACGGCCAAGCUAGUACCUACGGAAGAAUGGCCCGGGGACCGCAGCGUCAGCAGCUUGGAGCUGGUGCUCGGCGGCGGCGGACGCGAGUACCUCGUCCUCAUGCUAGGCGAGCGGUGUCCCAGCGCCCAAGGCCACGCAGGCGCCGGCCAGUUCUGGAACGACGUCUGGGCCUUCCAGGUGCCUCCCAUCGGCAUGACAACCGCCAGCGUCACGGAUGCCUUCCUGCAUGCCGUGGGGCGCAGAACGGGAGAAGGCAAAUGGACGAGGGUCGUCCCGGGUCCGUACGAUGAAGACGAGAGCUUGGACGUCCAGGGCCCUGGUCCAAGGGGGUGGCUAGCUAGUGCGCCGGUGGGCGACCUGGAAGAGAAUGGCGUGCUGAUAUUCGGCGGGCUGAGCGAGAAUAAUCAGAGACUCGGAGAUGGUUGGAUUUUUAGGUUGGGUUAAGUUAGGCAUAUGAGGUAUCUAUUUACGUUUAAAUGUUGGCAAGCAAACAAGCAAGCAAGCUUUUGAUUUAAGCUUCUGGGUUUCGAUAGUAGACCCAAUUUCCUUGGUAACGGUUACGACUGGUUGGGUUAAACGAUUAAAUGAAACCAAAAAGGCAGAUUUAUAUCAAAUAAGUAAAUAAAAUUUACCAGUUAACUGAAGCAAGGCCAGACAAAUGAUUGGGAUAUUUAUUACAGAAGAUGCGUGGGAAACGGCGCAAGGGACGGUCUUCUUUUUAUGAACCG